UUCUCAUUCUGAUAUAUUCUUAGAAAUUGCUCCAAAAUUAUCAAUGAUAGUGAUUUUAUUUUUAUUUUUAAUGAACCGAUUUACAAAUUCAUUUAAAGAAUCGAUUCAUUAAAAAAUCGUACUCAAAAGAUUGUAUCUACCGAGAAUUGAUUCAUCAUCGAGAAUAAUUUAUAUUACAGUUUUUAAUACUUUAUCUAUUGCAAAAAAAAAAAGAUUUUUAAAUGAGAAAUGACAUUUAAAUAAAUUUAGUGAUCUAACCUAGAAAUGACUAUUUGUGGAAAUAUUAUAUAUAUAUAUAAAGUUUAUUAAUACUUACUAUACAUAUCAUUUGGAAUGUCAGAUAUAACUAUUGUUCAAAUAUUAAAUGAAAUUGAUCAGAUACAGUAUAUCUUAUAUACCGAAUGGAAAAAUACAUGUUUUAAGAUCAUGUUAUUUAAAUCUUCUGCAGUUCCAUUAACGGGAGAGAUGCCUGAAAAUGAUAUAAAUUAUUAUUCGCAAGAACAUUCAAAGUCAUUUAAUGAAUAUUUGAAAGAAACCAAAGAUAUUUUUUCUGGUAAGAAUACAGAUAUACAAUAUUUCUUUCAAGAUAAUAAAUUUGAAUGGAGAAGAAAUAAACGAUGGAUUUUAGGAAAAAUUACAAUAUUUCCCAUUUCCAAUAUUGUUCUUAUAUCUGAAAUUUUAUAUGAUAUAUUGAAACAACAACAACAUUUACAAAAAGUAAUUUCAGAAUUAAGAAAAGAAAAUGAAUUAUUGACAGAUAACAAUAAAGAAUUAAGCGUUAAUAUAGAGAAAAUGAUCGAAAUGAAAAAUAAUAUGGAAAAGGAAUUAUAUAAAAAAUUUAUCUUAAUUUUAAAUGCAAAAAAGAAAAAAAUUAGGGAAUUAGAAGAUAGUUUGAAAAAUACAAAAUAUGGACAAAAGUCAGUAUUUGAUGUAUCCACAGAUCAAAGUGAAGAUUCAGAUACGGACGAUAAAAGUACAAAAAAUAUUAAAUUACACGUAGAAAAACCAAUAUCUUAUCGAUGCAUGAAUAAAAAUAAGGAUUCAGAUAAAAAAAGUAAAAAAUCUUUUUAUGUUCCUCACAAAGGAAGUAAACUUAAUAGUAGAAGUAUUGUAAAUGAAAUGGAAGCAACGACUAGUAGAACAAUUGAAAAACAAAAUUAUUUUGAUAGCAUUCGAAAUGAGAAAAUGAAAUCUGUAUCUACAACAUCAUCAAAGUCAAGUAAGGACAGCGAAGAUGAAUAUGAAUUACGAUUGUCAGAGACAUGUACUGACAAACAUAAUUUAGAUUUUACAGAAGAAUUAGAAGAAGAAUUAUUUUCUUAAUAAAAAUUUUUAAUAUUAUACAUAUUAUAUAGUACAUACACUAUUCAUAAUUUAUGUACAAAGAAUGUGCAAUUUAUUUAAUA